AUGGCGUCGGCCGCAUCCGUGGUGGCGGCGGCGCCGUUGGGCUCGAUGGAUCACGCCGGCGGAGAAGGCGGGGGGGAGAUGACGCUGACGGUGCGGUGGAGCGGCCGGGAGUACGCGGUCCACAUCUUUGGAGAUGAGACCGUGAGCGAGCUGAAGCGGAGGAUCUGCGAGGUGACCGGCGUCCUUCCCAAGCGCCAGAAGCUCCUUUACCCCAAGCUCGCAGCCAAGCUCGGCGACGACUCCGUGCUCCUCGUCCAGCUGAACCUCAAACCCUCGGUGAAGAUGACCAUGAUCGGGUAAGAACUCCUCCCCUGAGAGGAAGCCCUACUUGAAUGCAACAUGUUGAGCGAUCCCAAACUUGAGGGAAAAUGCCGACGUCCCGAUCGUAGCCCCUCUUUAGCUUUGAUUUUUUUUUCUUUUUCUAGAUGGGCCAAGAUGAUAUAUUAUUAUAUCCGAUGCAUGAUUUAAAUAUGCUAAUUAAUUUUCCUCUUUAUGAACUAGUUGAUGCCGAUCAUAAUCUCGCCUGGGAUUCUAUUCUUCAUGUCUUACUUAUAUAUCUUUCUGUACAUAUGGUUUAUUGAAGUGUUUGUAUGGCUGCCAUUAGCGUGUUUUCUGUCUGUUCCCGAUGAAAUCCCCUCUCUAGCUGGAAGGAGCUCAGUGGGCAACAGAGUGGGAGGAGUGGGGAAGGUAGGAGGACUGAAGAGGAGGGAUGGCUGAGGGGAUGCCCAAACUAUAUUUCUUUUCACAUAUUUUUUUUAAAAGACUAAGUUGGGGUUAGUAUGUACGAGGUAGGCGUUGAUAUUAAUACGUCUUCACUGGGGAAAAAAAAAAAUGAAAAAUCGGAUUAGGAAACCAUACAUAAACAAGUAUAAUGCUCAAUGGAUGGAUUGAGAUUGAGAAGGGGUACAAGCCUUGGUCAGGAAAUUGGCACCCAGGAGACAUUGACAAGGUUUCUGCUCUCUGGUUAUGGCUCACUUCUCUUACAAUGGAUUUUGUAUCUAUUAAAUAAAUAAAAAAAUAGCAACCAAAUGGUAAAAACAUAUGAAAAAAUGACUUGUUAAACAGCGGUGGCAUGUGGAUUGUGUCAUGAGAUUUGGGGAGCAAAAUCCUUUUGCAUGAAUUAGAUGCAACGGUUGGGAAAUCGAGAGGCUACAUUAGUAUAGAAAAACCAUUGUACAUAAAUAUAUGGCUUUUGCCUCAAUUCGUUGGGACUUUUGAUCGUUGAGGUUUAGAUCCAUGAGACAUUGAAGUAGAGAACAAUAUUUAGAACUCAAAAUCUAGAAUAUGGAAGGGCAAAACUUAUACAAGUACUCUUAAUUCUUGCCUGUCAUGGUAAACAUGAAUUGAGCCACGUACAAGAUUGAGGAAGAAGAUGCCUGCCAAAGGGAUAUGGUUUUCACAUCUUGAGGGUGCGUGAUGAGUCAGGAACUUGGCUCUGGAUCUUAGAACGAGCAUGGUUAUUAUCAUUUUUGAUUCAUCGCGUUAAUUUGAAUUACAGUUUUCCCUUUAAAAAUUAUUUAUUAGUUUUCGUUUAUUUUGCCUCCUUGAAAACACAAACCAGCACCACAGAAGAUGAAAUCAUUGUUGAUCAAGGGGAAUCUUCAGAAGUAGUCGAUGACUUCACACUCGGCCAAGAUGAAGUCACUGACAUAAAAGAUAAAGAGGUAAACAAGCAGAAACUGUGGCGACGCAUCAAUCGAUACAAGGUCAGUUUUUCUUUUCCGGAAUUUAUUUGGUUCGUUCUUUUUAUUAUCAUUCAUCAUUUUUUUCAAUCUUUUUGCUCGCAAAGUCUGUACUUUUGGCUGGUGAAGGCGUUAUUUUGUUUAUAUUAUAUCCAUCCAUUAUCAUGGAGAAGAGAUGCGUUGUGCUGAUGAUAUUUCAAAUUUUCUUAAAGAUUUCCCAGAAAUCUAGUUUUUUUCUAUAUCCAUUGGACUGCAGAACACACGGUUACUGAACAGAUGCUCAUCUUCUGCAACUCCAACUGCCAAAUGAAGAAGAUUAUCGCUAUGAUCUUGGGGGUAUUGCCGGAGAAAUAUCCUGCGAUAGUUUUAUCUCUGGGCCCAUCUAUUCUCCUCCAGACUUGAAUUGAAGCCUUAUACAUAGAAUAAACACGCUAUGAUUCCAUGUCUAGAUUCUAGUUCAUGCCCAUAUUCGUCCUUUUUUUUAUAUAUUUUCUUUGUUUCUUGCCGAGUAGAUCAAGCUCCUGAAUCCAUGCCGGGAAGGGAAGAAGCUGCUCGUCCUGGACAUUGACUACACCCUCUUUGAUCACCGAUCCCCUGCGGAGAACCCCCUCGAGCUCAUGCGGCCAUGUACGUGGAAUCUUCGAGUGCUCUUCGGCCUUCGAGCCGCCCUUAAUCGUUGACUUUCCUCUGCAGAUCUCCAUGAAUUCCUCUCCUCUGUCUAUGCGAGCUACGACAUCAUGAUCUGGUCUGCCACCAGGUAAUCUCGCAUUUCUGGGCAUUUGUAUCUUAAUCAGGAAUGCCACGUGGAAGAUUAUCAGAAAUCUUUUAUCAUUCUACUGCAGCAUGAAGUGGGUCGAGCUGAAAAUGGGCCAGCUUGGGGUCCUGAGCAAUCCCGGCUACAAGAUCACAGCUCUCCUGGACCUUCUGGCCAUGAUCACAGUCGUCUCUGAUUCCCAUGGAACCAUCGACUGCAAGCCCCUCGGGCUCAUUUGGGCCCAUUUCCCCGAGGUCCGGCCCGCUUUUCUGAUUUUUUUUCUCCAAGAAAAUCGAUUUAAUCAUUAUUUAUUAUUUAUUUUCUAUUUUCUCCCCCCUCCUCGGGCAGUUCUACAGUCCAAGGAAUACCAUCAUGUUCGAUGAUCUACGGAGGAACUUCGUGAUGAACCCUCGGAAUGGGCUGACGAUCAGGCCGUUCAGGAAGGCCCACUUGAACAGGGGCACCGACGAUGAGCUGGCCAGGCUCACCCAAUAUCUGCUCGCCAUCUCAGACCUUGCUGACAUCAGCAGGCUGGACCACAGGAACUGGGAGUCCUACGUGGAGGUGGGCCCCAAAAGGCGGGUCCCGGUAGAAGCCGACGGCCCCACAUCGGUCAACGGCAGCAAUUCGGAGUCUCACGAUGAAGAAGAUGGCUCCAAGAGGCACAGACAGAGGUGGGUCCGACCUACAAGCACCACCAUCCCCCCUGGACCCACAUACGCUGACAUGUCAUCUCUGUUCUUGGGCAGGUAA